GGAGGCUGGAGCCCGGGUCAGCUUGGCAUCUCCCUCCAGUCAGUGACCAACUCCUGCCUUAGCGAGGCUUCUGCUCGCCCCCCUCGGUUCCCUUCCAGCCUUCCUCCCGCCACCAGACCUAGCCCCGCGGUGGCAGGCUGAGGAGGAGCGAAGAAAGGAGGAUUAAAGAGAAGAAAGACCUCGCUGGGUCUGGGUGGUGUCUGCAGUGCCAGAAAGGGAGGUGGCGGCGGCGGCUGCGACCACGGCCGCGCGGGACGUGAGGCCCGAGAGCAGCCGACGGCGGCGGCCGCUCCAGAGCCUCGCGCCGGGGCCGUUAGUCAGCAGAACGCGAGCCCGUGUGCGGGAGCUGGGCCGGCGCGAGGCGAGACUCCAGAGCGCGAGCCGGCCCCCUCGGGCGCCGCCGUCCCUCCUCGUCCCGGCGCCGGGGGCUGCAGCCCUCGUCCCCCCCUCCUCGGCCGCGCCCGCCCGCAGGCCGGGAGAGUCCGGCGGUGGCGGCGGCAGCAGCGUGGGUCGCACCUUGUGGAGGACAGCGCGUCCGCACAGGCUCUCUGCCGGCCCUUUCUUCCCGACACCUUGGCCGCGGCCCCUCAGGUGCAGGCUCCAAUAAAAAGAAUUUUGGAGAGCUUGUGUCAGCAUUUGGAACUGCCUAAUGUGUCUGAGUAAAAAAAUCAGAAGAUGAAUAAUCUUUCAUUCAGUGAGUUAUGUUGCCUCUUCUGCUGUCCACCUUGCCCUGGGAAAAUUGCUUCAAAAUUAGCAUUUUUGCCACCUGAUCCAACAUAUACACUGAUGUGUGAUGAAAGUGGAAGCCGCUGGACUUUACACCUAUCAGAACGAGCAGACUGGCAGUACUCUUCUAGGGAAAAAGAUGCGAUUGAGUGUUUCAUGACUAGAACCAGUAAAGGCAACAGAAUUGCCUGCAUGUUUGUGCGCUGUUCACCCAAUGCCAAGUACACUUUACUCUUCUCACAUGGAAAUGCUGUUGAUCUUGGUCAGAUGAGCAGCUUUUACAUAGGACUGGGAUCACGGAUUAAUUGUAAUAUAUUCUCAUAUGAUUAUUCUGGAUAUGGCGCAAGUUCUGGGAAACCAACGGAGAAGAACCUCUAUGCAGAUAUAGAAGCUGCUUGGCUUGCUCUUAGGACAAGAUAUGGCAUUCGCCCUGAAAAUGUGAUUAUAUAUGGCCAAAGUAUAGGGACAGUACCAUCUGUGGAUCUUGCUGCUCGGUAUGAGAGUGCUGCUGUUAUUCUUCAUUCUCCUUUGACCUCGGGAAUGCGAGUUGCUUUUCCUGAUACCAAGAAGACCUACUGUUUUGAUGCAUUCCCAAACAUUGACAAAAUCUCUAAGAUAACCUCCCCAGUAUUAAUAAUUCAUGGGACUGAAGAUGAAGUCAUUGACUUUUCACAUGGCCUCGCAUUGUUCGAGCGUUGCCAAAGACCUGUGGAGCCUCUGUGGGUUGAAGGGGCAGGUCACAAUGAUGUGGAACUUUAUGGACAGUACCUCGAAAGGUUGAAACAGUUUGUGUCACAGGAACUGGUAAAUUUGUAAAAUAUUCUGUAAAUUUGCAUACUGGGUUUUCUUUCCUUGCUGAACUGCACUCUUUGGUAAAUAACAUAAAACCUGAAGGUUUUGUUUGCAAAUCAUGUCAGUUGCCUUCAUAAUUGUACAGGUAAUGAUUUGUUAACAGACUUAAUGAAGGUUUUAAUUACCAGAACUAGAAACUGGAAAUAACAGUAUCAUGCAGUCAAGCUGUGUAAUUUAUAUUUUUUCUGUGAAUUUUUUUUAAACAUCAAAAUGAUACUGUAUGAAAUUUUAAUUCUAUAAAUCAAAUGCUGUAAAAGUAUUGCCAAAUGCUUUUGCAUAUCAGAAACAGAUUUAUAAAUAUUUUUAAAACAUCUCAAUGUACUAAAUCUUAUCCAGGUAUACAAAUGUAAUAUUCUUUCAAUAAAAAGCUGUAUAUCUAAAACAAUUCAAGUACUCAUAAUAGAAUAAACUGUAUGAAAAUGUGCAAGUUCACUAGAGAUGACCUAAGCCCUGUUGUACAGGGAUAAAGGUUUAAACACUUAUUUUAUUGUAAAAUACAUUGAAUUUUCUGUAUUCUCUGGUUAUCAUACAUUUUCUCCUUAAAAAACAAAUGAUGUAAGUCUUAAUUUUUAUGCCAUCUUAAUUUACCAACUAGUUACCUUGUAAAUGAGAAGUCAUGAUAGCACUGAAUUUUAACUAGUUCUGAUUUAUAGGUUUGGUACUAUGAGGCAACUACUUAAAAUUCUCAUUUUUGUUUUUUAAAAGGCAUUUAGAGCUUCAAGAAUGAUUUUGUAUGCAAUGUUGUUUUAAAUUUUGACUAAUCUCAUAGAAUUGCUGUACUCUCCAUUAUAAGAAAACCUGAGAGUCCCGUUCGUUAGAUGUUCUUCAAGACCACAAACAGGCUGGCUAUUUGGUCAUUUUUCACUUUGGCUAUUUUUAAUAGGACCUGUUGUUUUAGAUUACUAUCUGAGAAUUUCAUGGAUUCACUCCUGAUACAGGAGAUAAGAGAACAUUUAAUUCAUAACUUUUAUAUUAACCAAUGUAGUAAAAAACAAAGCUCACACACAAAAACUAAGUUGCCUUUCCUUGAAUGAAUCCUGCCUGAAUAAAACAAUGAAAGAAAAAUAAAAAUAAAAUUAAUGGUAUGUAGUCUAAUUUGUAAAUGAAUGAAUAUUGAAAUAAUACACACUGUGGAUAUAUUUUAAGGCCUUAUGUAGUUUUAAUUGUUCUGCUUGUUCUGUGGUUAUGUCUAAGACUAUAGUAUAUGAUUCUCUUCAAAGUAUAUCAAGUAUUGUGAAUGCUUUGGUUCAGAUGUGUCAAAUUAACAGUAAAACAACAAAUAUAAUACCACCCA